AGCAGACUCUGUUUGUCCUCCAUGUUUCUCUCCCUCCUGCUCCCUACACUGUUCCUCCUCCACCUGCCUGCCAUGGUGAAAGGGGACUGCUGGCUGAUAGAGGGGGACAAAGGCUAUGUUUGGCUGGCUAUCUGCAGUCAGAACCAGCCUCCAUACGAGACCAUCCCCCAGCACAUCAACAGCACGGUUCAUGACCUGAGGCUGAAUGAGAACAAACUUAAGGCUGUGCUAUUUACCUCCAUGUACCGCUUCACAAACCUUACUGACCUCAAUCUUACCAAGAACGAGAUCAGUUACAUCGAGGAUGGGGCCUUUGCUGGACAGGCCAACCUACAGGUUCUCCAGCUGGGCUACAACAAGCUGACAAACCUGACUGAGGGCAUGUUGAGAGGUCUGGGCCGAAUGCAGUGCCUCUUUUUGCAACACAACCUUAUUGAGGUCAUUGCCACCAAUGCCUUCUGGGAGUGCCCCAGCCUCAGCAGCCUGGACUUAUCUUCCAAUAAGUUGGCCCGUCUUGACCCAUCUACCUUCACUGUCCUCAACAGGCUGCUGGUGUGUGAACUAGCAGGAAACCCGUUCCACUGUGGCUGUGAGCUCUACAGCUUCCUCACCUGGCUGGAGGUGUUUAACAAUGUAACGCACACCUAUGACCGCCUCCAGUGCGAAACCCCUCUGGAAAUGACUGGUUAUCCACUUCUGAGCCCGCUGCCCGGAAACGGAAAAAAUGCCCGUUACGCUCUUUUAUCAAUGUGUCGCGAUGGUGUGAUAAUUCCAGGGAUGACCUCCCAGACACCGGAUCAAGAUGGCUCAGGUAUGGGUUUGGACAACCCAGACCAAGGUCUGUACCACCAACCAACCAUAUCGUCCACUGCAGACCCUACCUAUAACCAUCAGAUUUCCAUGAAGCUUCAAACUGUCUCCCUCUACACUGCUUCUCUAAUGGUGCAAAUCCCACGACCAUACAGUAAGAUGUACAUCCUCUCCAAAUACAACCACACGUUUGUUGAAGACAUCAAGCCACUUAAAAACAAGAAGGAGGUACUUACUUUGGACAAACUGAAACCUCACACAAAUUACACGUAUUGUGUGGCUUCUGCAAGCAAAACUCAACGCUACAACCACACCUGUCUGACCUUUUCCACACGAGCUAUGGGGUCAGAGGACCAGCAAACCGAUCCAUCCACAACUACCCACUACAUCAUGACCAUCUUGGGAUGUCUGUUUGGCAUGGUCAUUGUGCUUGGAUUAGUCUAUUACUGUCUCAGACGACGACGCAUCCAGGAAGAGAAGAAGAAAGCUAUAAGUGUGAAGAAAACUAUUUUGGAGAUGAGGUAUGGCCCAGAGGCGGCCGCGGCAGUGGCCAAUGACCUGGGUGCCAUGCAGCGUCUCCAGGAGCAGGCUCACCACCAGCACCACCAUUCAGGAGGAGCAGGAGGCAAGCUGCCCCCAUCUGCCUCCUCUAGCACAGGCAUGCUCCAUGGCUCAGCCAACACCAGUUCUUCUCGCCUCUCCACCCUGCCGCAGGUGGAAAAAAUGGCCACUGCCUUCUCUGAGGCAAUGGGCGGCAAGGGCAACUACAUGGAUGUGAGGACAGCGGGAGUGGCAGGGGAAGGCAGAGAGGGAGGGGUGGGAGCUGGAGGAGCAGUGAUAGCAGGGGAGGUAGUUGUGGAUAGGCGAGGCGGGGCUGAGAAUGGGAUAGAGGCUGGGGAGGAUUCGGAUGAUGAUGGCCGUGGCUCAGCGUCAGAGAUCUCCACCAUUGCCAAGGAGGUGGACAAGGUGAACCAGAUCAUCAACAACUGCAUUGAUGCUCUGAAGCUGGAUGCCUCUGCUAAUGUUGUAACCACGGUUGACAAUGGCAACUCUGUUUCCUCCUCCCAGCCACCAACUUGCAUUGCGUCCCUCCCCCGCAACCUCCUGCCCCUCUCUCCAGGCCACCCUGGAGAUCAGAUCAUGGCCUCCUCUCCAAAGCUACAUCAGCCACCUCACCCCCCUUCUAUGGCCCCAGUGCCCCUGGUCAUGCCCCUGUCUGAGCGGCCAGGCAUCAGUGGUGGGGGGUUCCUCUCCCCUCCUUACCGUGACCCACCCCCAGCCAAUGCAGUGCGGCCCCUUCAGAGGCAGUUGAGCGCUGACACUGCUGUAGUGAAGAACCGUUGUGGUGUCCCCGCUGUGGGAUCUGUCAAGAGCAACAGAGUGUUCAGUGUGGAUAUCCCUGAGCAGCGCAGCGAUCCUCCCAAGUACCCAACCGAAAAAGGCAGCCCUGUGGGUUGUGGUGGAGGGGGUGGAAGUGGAGUAGCUGGCGGAAUAGGAGGCUGCAACGGGAAUGGGAUGGGAAACAUAAAUGGUGGUGGGGUGAGUGUGAAUGGGGGCGGGAUGGGGUGUAAUAAGGGGAGUGGAGGUGCGGGAGUUGGCCCUGGACAGCAGCAGCACCACUUGGAAGUUCAGCCAGACUACCACAGCUCCGAGCACCGCCACUCUUUUCCUGCACUCUACUAUGAGGGCGGCAACGACUCACCCUCACAGGCCCAAAAGGCCUCAUUCCUGAAGCCACUGGGCCGCACCAAGAGGGAUGCCACAGCCACCUACUCCCAGCUCUCUCCUUCUCGUCACCACAACUACAACUCUGGCUACUCCUCCAGUCCUGAGUAUUCUUCUGAGAGCACACUGCGGAUCUGGGAGCGAUUCCGGCCUUACAAGAAAAGCCCAAGAGAAGAGGCCUCCUAUAUAGCAGCAGGCCACGCCCUGCGUAAGAAGGUUCAGUUUGCCAAGGACGAGGACCUUCACGAUAUUUUGGACUACUGGAAGGGGGUUUCUGCCCAGCAGAAGCUGUGA